AUGAAUAUUGAAAAAUAAUUAAGGGAAGAUUACACUCAUGACUUUCAUACGUUUCUGAGAAAAAACGAAUCAGAAACAAAACAAAAAGUUAAAACAACUCUCAUUCCUCCUCCUUGGCAACCCAACCAUCCUUUUAGAUUAGUUUGGGAUAUCAUCUCGAUGCUAUUUAUUGUAAUUCAAAUGAUGAUUAUACCUCUUAUGUUAUCCUUCGAGAUUGAUGAUGAGAGAACAUCUUUGUUUAUGGAAAUUAUGGAUGAUUUCUUCUUAGUGGAUAUUCUCAUUCAAUUCAAUUGUGCCAUCUAUAUAGACGGUAAAAUAGUAUUAAAGAGAUCAAGCAUCACAUGCAAUUAUCUGAAAUUUUGGUUUUGGUUGGAUCUAAUAAGCUCAUUGCCAUAUGAUUAUUUUGUUGAAGGAGGCAACGUGUAAAUGAUUAGAAUGUUGAGAUUCUUCAAGUUUCUUAAAGUAAUUAAAAUGAUCAAAGCUUUUAAAUUGAAGCUUUUGAUUAGAAGAUUGGAGACAUUUCUUGGGAAUGAUUUCUCAUCCUUUAUGGAAUUCAUCAAAUUAACAUUUAUAAUUGUAGUUAUAGCCCAUUGGAGUGCAUGUAUUUUUAAUUUGACAAAUCAAGAUGAUUAUGAUUACUUAACAUCCUUUUAUUUCACAAUUACCACAAUGAUCACCGUUGGCUACGGUGAUGUUCAUCCAUACACUGCAGAAGAAUAGAUCUACACUAUCUUCGCUAUGAUUUUGGCUUCAGGUGUAUUUGGAUACACAGCCAACAGCAUGAUAUCUAUCUUUCAGUAUCAAGAUCCCUAAUUGACAGAAUUGAUAGUUAAACAACAAAUCAUCAACAAAUAUACUAAAACUCAUGGUUGCUCAGGUCGAUUAAGACAUAAAAUCCAAAAUUAUUUAGAAUGGGUAGUCGAAAAUGAUUAUGAGGUAAGAUCCUCACUUGUUAUCUGCGAUCUCUCUGAAGAAUUACGAAAUCAAGUCAUCACUCAAAUGAACUUAAGAUUCUUUAAAGCACUUCCAGUCACAAUGUCCAGAGCCAUCAAACUAAAUGAAUACAGUAUUUUCUAUUUGCUAUUUUAAGUUCUCUCUCCAGAAACCAAAAUCGAAGACUAGAACCACAUCUAUUAUAUUGUUCAAGGUAAAGUCUCAGUUAUGGCUAAUAAUGUGCAUCUUGAAUAUGCAGAAUAAUGUUUUGGAAUAAUCAAUUUCUUCUCCAAUAUUCCAAGAACGGCUGAACUAAUUACAACCGAAACAACCAAUUUAGUCAAAUUGUCUAGAUAAUAAUUUUUACAAUCGUUAAAUUAUGAGCAAUUCUAAAAGUUUCAUAUGAUAAAACAAAGACUAGAAAAUAACGACUUUCUUGAUUUAGAUAUCAAAUGCUACGGUUGCAAUCGUAAAGGUCAUGUCAUUAAAUUUUGCUAAUAAUUUCACUACAUCUCUUUAAGAUUAAGAAGACCUAAAGUCAAAUUCUUAAGAACUCGGAAUUAGAAGCAAAGGACUAUGUAUAAUCAAUUCUUAAUUGAAUAUUACUAAAUGAUGCAAGCAAGAAAAAUGAAAUCUUAAACAAUUACUCAGAAAGAAGAAAUACAUUAAACUAUGACCUAGAAUUUUGACAUUGACGAAAUCUAAAAUUACACAUUUUUCGAUCCAGAGUGGAAUAUCAAUGAAGUCUUAUAAUAAUAUCACCUAAAAACCAUUUAUCGAUAUAGCAUAAGGAUAAUUAAAAAGAAUUUGAAGUUCUUAAUUCGAGAAAACCAUCAAAAGAGUAAUAAUGUAAAAAGAUUUCGUUUAAAAACUGAACUCAAACCAAAGUAUAUUGAUAAAUAUAAAGAUUAAAAUAUGUAACAAAAGAUAAUGGAUUGA